UCAGCCAAUCAGCGAGCAGUGCGUGUGUUGACAGCAGGAGGAGGAACAACAACUCAGCCGAGUCGUCCUCACCAUGAUGGUCGACCCCGGCGGGAUAGGCCUCUUUAUAGCGGCCACGCUGUUGUCCAUAGUGGAGGCAGUGCAGGAGCUGUCCACAGAGGAAUGCUUCGCUGUCGGCCUGAACAAGGCUAACCUCCUGUGCUCUUCUUGUGAUACUCUCAAGGAGUUCAACCUUGAUGUACUGGAGGCAAAUUGCCGUGGGUGCUGCAAUGUGGAUGACGUAAAUGCCACCCCAACGAAGUACCCGCGGGCCAUCCUCGAGGUCUGUGGAUGACGACUGGGAGCAUUCCCGCAGGUUCAGGCAUUUGUAAAGAGUGACCGGCCUGCGGCUUUCCCAAAUCUUACCAUUAAGUAUGUAAGAGGUGCAGAUCCCAUCAUUAAGUUGAUGGAUGAGGAUGGCGAUGUUAUGGAAACAUUGGCAAUCGAUAAAUGGAACACCGAUUCCGUGGAGGAGUUCCUUAAUACCUAUCUUAUACUGCCAGGACAAGAGGAAGAAGCCGAUGAUUUUGAAGAAUCUAACCUUUUAUAAUGACUUUGUUACGUAACCAUGACCUUUAAUGAUUUUUAUCCAUCGAGAAUUUAAAGAAGAAAAUUUGUUAUAAUAUUUCGUACUUAGAUACCCUCGGUUUUAUAUAUUAUAUAGUAAUUCUAUUUAGUGCAUUUGUUAAAAAUUUGCAAAGAAAUUCUUUUUUUUUUUUCUUUUCUUUUCUUUUUUUUUCCCUUUUGUAGACUCCUUUUAUAGAUCAAGAAUUGCCAGAACUUCCAGUAUGUUAAGGUUAAGAAGUGUCUGAGAAAUAGUUGUUGCUGUGUGGGGCAUCCGGAGUGUAGUGUCUCCUAGGACAUGGAUUAAGCGUGAUGAAGGGGGAACCAUAAACCGUAAUUGGAGGGUUCUCGCGGAUGGAGCUGUCUCUGUUCUGUGAGACUGCACUACAGCUGCCUUGUGCAGUAACAAUAAAGUCCUUUUUGAUAUAAA